AUGGAGUCAGACCUCUCACAAGCCUUUCAGAAAGAACUCACCUGCUUCUUCUGCCUGCGCUGCCUGACAGAUCCAGUCACCAUUAGCUGUGGCCACAGCUUCUGUCGAGCCUGCCUCUACUUUUCCAGGGAAGACAUCCAACUUCCUGUGCAAUGCCUUAUUUGUAGGGAACCAUUACAGAAGGACUUGAGAACCAACAUUGUUCUGAAGAAACUGGUGUCCAUUGUCAGAAAAGCCAGCCUCAUGAAGGAACUGAGCUCUGAAAAGCAUAAGUGUAUGAUCCACAAAGAGACAAAGGAUUUCUGUAGUGAGAAGAGGAUCUUCCUCUGUCCACUCUGUUCUAACUCCCAUGAGCACAGAGGACACAGACACUGUCCCAGUGAAGCAGCUGCUGAGGAUCAAAUGGAAAGACUUGUAAAGCAAAUGGCAUCUUUAUGGGAGAAGAUCCAAGAAAAUCAAGAGAAUUUAGAGGCAGAGAACAGAAUGACAGCUCUGUGGAUGGACUACUUGACUCUGCGGGAACAAAUGAUCAGGACAGAGUAUACAAAACUGCACCCACUCCUCUGUGAAGAGGAAGUGCAACACAUUGAGUCUAUGUGAAUUGAAGGCCACUGUGUUUUAAAGAAACUCAGGACAAAUGAAGCCAUGAUGGUCCAAAACAGCAAACAACUAAUAGAAAUGUAUCAGGAGCUGAUGGUAAUUUCCCAGGAGCCAUAUGUGGUCCUGGUGCAUAGCUUCAUCUCUGGUAAAUAUUAUUGGGAGAUUGAUUUGAAUUACUCUUGUGACUGGGCUGUGGGAGUCUGUAAGGAUUCCCGGUUAAGCAGUAGAAAGCAAAUGAUUGAAUCUGAGGGUACAUUUCUUCUUGUGUGUGUGAAAGAGGCUAAUCAUUACUGUCUCCUCACCACAUGCCCAAUAUUCCGGCACUACAUAGAGAAGCCAUUGGGCCAGUUUGGUGUGCUUCUUGAUUGUGAGGAUGGAUGUUUAAGCUUCCUGAAUGUUACCAAGAGUUCCCUCAUAUACAGGUAUCCUCCUGGCACCUUCAAUUACCCUGUCAGGCCUUGCAUAUCCUGUGGCCACACAUGA